AUGCCACCUGGAAAGUUCAUUCAUUCGGCGUACACAAGCGCUCUCAACGUGCUCAACUUUUGCAUCGCCGUGAUACCGAUUACCGUUUCGGAUAAGAACCUGGACACCCUGAACCCAAACUUCCAACCCCUUACCGACAGGGAUCGGCGAAACAUGGCUUCAUAUUGUAGUUGA